AUGGAAGAAAAACAAAGAGAAGCAACAUGGCAGGAGGAAGAGGAACAAGCGGAAGUGGCUAUCUGGAAAUACGCAUUCGGGUUCACAGAAAUGGCGGUAGUGAAGUGUGCUAUUGAGCUUGGGAUAGCCGAUUCCAUUGAAAGCCAUGGAAGCCCGAUGGCAUUAUCCGAGUUGUCGUCCGCUUUAGCUUGCGCUCCGUCCCCCCUCUACCGCAUCAUGAGGUUUCUAAUGCACCGCGGGAUAUUCAAAGAGGAAGUCACCACCGCCCAUGGCUCCCCAGGUUAUGCCCAAACGGCUCUGUCACGCCGUCUGAUGAGACAUGGAGAACGUAGCAUGGCGGCUUUGAUUUUACUAGAAAGUAGCCCAGUGAUGCUGGCACCAUGGCACAGUCUGAGCGCCCGUGUUCUAGCCAAUGACACUUCGCCAUUUGAUGCGGCUCAUGGCGAAGAUUUAUGGAGCUAUGCUGCAGAGAAUCCCGCUCACAGCCAGCUUGUCAAUGAGGGAAUGGCUUGUGAUGCUAGGAUGGCGGUGCCUGCCAUGAUUCACGAUUGCCCAGAAGUAUUUGAUGGGCUUGGCAGUUUGGUGGAUGUGGGUGGGGGCAACGGAACCACUUUGCAAACGUUGGUGAAGGCAUUCCCAUGGCUUCGAGGCAUCAACUUUGAUCUUCCUCAUGUUGUCUCGGUUGCGACAAAGUCCAUCGGAGUUGAACAUGUCGGGGGUGACAUGUUUUUAAGUGUUCCAAAGGCUGAUGCUGUUUUCCUAAAGUGGGUUCUCCAUGAUUGGGGAGACAAGGAAUGCAUCCAAAUCCUUAAGAAAUGCAGAGAAGCCAUUCCAGAGGAUAAAGGGAAGGUAAUAAUUGUUGAAGCAGUGAUUGAAGAAGCAGAAACGGACAAGCUAACGGAUGUGAGGCUGGCUCUAGACAUGAUCGUGAUGGCCCAUACUAAUACUGGCAAAGAGAGGACCUUCAAGGAGUGGGGAUUUGUUCUUGGCAAGGCUGGAUUUUGUCGAUACACAGUGAAACCCAUUCGUGCUGUGCAAUCUGUUAUUGAGGCUUUUCCGUAAUAUAUAUAGUGCAUGGAUUUCUAGUCCUAUAUAAUAUAAGUUUGUAAUUUUCUUUCUGUAACGUUGUACAAGACAGGUUGUUUGAUGUAGCUUGCUUCGUUUUGAGUGCAAUUUAAGAUUAUGGUUUCCUCUAGAAAGAAAAACCUCUCUUCUCUCUCCUGUCUCAAACGCAGCCGACUAAGCUUGAGGAGGAGGGACCUUCUGGUUUCCUCCUCCUCCGACCCCCUUCUCAUGGUUUUUGUUCCCUUUCUUCAUGAGUUUCUCCUUUCGUGAAACAACUCUUUAUUCUCUAGAGUUUUCUAGAGAUCUAUCUAGACCCUUAAGAAACAGCAGCUGCAAUGGAUCUCCUGCUUCCUCUUUACCAUGGAUUGCCUCCUUCAUCGCUUCACCGGCCGGAUCUGUGUUGGCUUAAAGAAUGGCUUUUUCAAAGUCAGAUCUACUUCUUUCCAUCAGUCCCAGCCAGACACGCGUCCAUCCACCAUCAUCACCAGCG